AUACUUAUCUCUUAGGAAUUGUCCCUUUCCCGUCCGCUCCCCCAACAUAACUCCCGCCACCAUUCUCACUCCAUCUCCCUCGGUGCCGUCAACUCCAAUUUCCGGGUGACUCGCCGCAAGAGCGUUACUACCGCUGCCGCUGCAAAUGCUGCUGCCGCCGCCGCGGUCGCGGCGUCUAUGAAGGAGGCUCCUGGUGAUGGGACGGGGCUUACGAUGCCCUCUCAUCGGCGCGGGAGCCGGAAGGGCCUAGAGUCCAGCUCGGUCGGAGCCCCCUCCGGUUUCGGCUCUUAUCUUUCACGAAGCAUGAACAGUCCCAGCCAAGAACCGCCGGUCGCUCGCAAGACGUCACCCAACCAGGCCAACGAUGGAUCGUCGACGGGCCCGACAAAUGCAGAUGCCAAUAACCCGAACCCCAAGCCGGUCAGCACUAAGAACCGAAACAGACGGGCCAGCGAAGGAUCGCACCUGGUCAAAGGCGAAGGGAAGCGUGCCAUGGCAGACCUUCGCUGCGAUCGCUGCGGGAAAGGGUAUAAGCAUGGCAGCUGCUUGUCCAAGCAUAUGUGGGAACACGACCCUGCAUGGGCAAUUACCUCGAAGCUUUUGAUCUCCAAACAUCAGCAGGUCCAGUUGCUGGAGGCUGCCUCCGUUCUGGUCACCAUGACUCAGGAUGGUCCGGAAGAGAACGGAGAGGCCGAGUCGGAUCUUUCUUCCGCGUCACCAGAUGCGUCGUCGGAGCUUCGGGACGGCCUCAGCUCAGCUGAGACGACCCCGCCUCCGAUGGACGAAGAUGAUGACGAUGACGACGAAGACAUGUCUAUGGAGCCGGCAACGAUGGACAAGCGGUACAGCGCUGGCAACCUGUCAGCCCACUUCUCCCAUUCCUACCAGUCCGGUCCCUCGAGCUCCUUCACCAGCAGUGCCCCAUGGGCGUCACCGGCGUUUUCACAUUUCCGCCAUUCCAGUAUCGACACCCGACCUUCCACCGCCGAAGCCAAGCUGCAUGAAGACGAUGAGGCCGACUUGGCUGCUGCCAUCGGACUUUGCAACUUCGGAACCCCGCGCAUGGGUCCACAGCAAAUGUCUCCGAGCGUGCCACCGGUGCCUCCACUCCCUACUCGCUACUUGGAUCAAGCCAGCUCCGUCGAUAACCAGGGCCGUAGCCUGGAUCAAUCGAGAACAGAUGCUACCGAUGCGGCUUUCUCCAGCACCACCCCGAACUUCCUCUCGCUGUCAUUCAACCCCUCCUUGUCAUACAAGGUGUCCGAUGAGCGAGAAGUGAGAACGGGCAAUGCUGACCGUGCCAAGCGGCAGCAUCGCAACGCGGACGUCGACUUCGGAAGCCGGCCUACACAGGCAGACGAUGAUGACGACGGCGUCUUCGGCCGAAUGGAAGAGUAGAACGACGACUCACGUCCGUCUAGACUCCCUCCUUCCCACCCCUCCGGAUCCUCAUAUUCAUUCUGGUUCAGCCUUGGAUCGCUGGCCAGACCGCUGUAUCACAG